AUGUCCGCGAAGCCCAGCGAGGAGCCAAGUUCAGAGGGCGGGUGGUACGGAGACGGUUUCGAGAAGAUGGAUCGGUUUGGGAACGCCGCGGCCCGGUUUGACGACUCGGAGGAUGGGCGGCAGCUGCGAGACGAGCCGAGUGAAGACGGGCAGCUCUUCAGCCAUGCCGAGAGCGACCGGCAGCCGCUCCCUGUUGUCAUGGAAACUGCAUCUACAGAUAAAUUGGAUAGAGACCUGCUGAAGAAAUCCAUCGGUGACCUGGGUGACCCUUACACAUCUCUCCUGUCCAGUCAGAGUUACACCUACCAGCAAGACACCUCCUAUUUCUCGGGUGACCGGGGCAGAGGGGAACAGAAGUACCCAGAGGGCACUGAUGACCUCAUUCCUGGCCUGGAGUCCCAGUCUGCUAUGUUCAGCUCAGAUUCGGGCAUUGAGAUGACCCCAAGUGCCGAGCUUGGCUACAGUUCCCACAAGUUGCGUGACUCAGAUAAGCCUUCAGAUUCCACCUAUAGCUACAUGGACAUUAGCAGCAGGGAGGAGCCACAGCGGCCCCUGGAGGACUGGGGGAUAAGAAACGUCUCUGCCCCGCUGCCCAGCCUAGGCGGAGAGCGCUACCUGGAGAAGAGCCCCUCUCCAGUGGAGGUGGAGACCCUGGGCCCUGCGGCAGCACUGGACUCACAGAACAUGCCCUACGUCGAGGAGCCUUCAGACGACGAGCUGAGUGACUACCAGCCCUACCGCUCUCCAGGGGCCGAAGGCAAUGCCAGCCCAGUCAGGAUCACCCUGACUGAGAUGCCAUCAGUGUCGCCCACUGCCACACAGCGCACCACACCAGUCACAGUGUCAGAGAAAGAGAGCAUCCUGAGCCUGGGGCUACAGGGAGUGCCCAUUGUCACUCUGUCCGAGCCAGAGGAUGAAAGUCCUGGAUCCUCCACACCACCUCUCACUGAAGAGUCUGACUCUCCAUCUGAUCCUGUGAUUCAGGCCAGCGAAGUGAAAACUGUAAGCUCCACUCAGGAGAAGGUUGUGGAGUCUUCUUUACCACCCUCUCAGACCACCCUGAAGCAGAGUUCCUCAGAAGAGCGUAAGAGCAGCCCUUCUCUUUCCUUGUAUGCCAAGGAUGCUGAUAUCAGCGGUGGAGAAUCUGGCGACUCUGAGAUUGAGCUUGUGUCUGAAGAGCCUAGCCCACAGGCUCCCAGCUCUGGCUACAUGAGCUUCAGUAAAAGUCCCACCACGACUCCAUCUCCCCCUGCUCCUACUCAAGUCCCUGCUCCAGCCCCUGCUUCUGCCCCAUCUGCCCCUCCAGCUCAUGUCCUUGCUCCUACUGCGGUCCCUGUGACAGUCCCCAGCCCAACCAUGCAGUACAGCAUCCUGCGGGAGGAGCGUGAGGCUGAACUUGACAGUGAGCUGGCCUUGGAAUCCUGUGGGGAAGAAAGCCCCAAGAGAUUCCUGCUGGACUCCACCAUCACCAAGCCAGGCAAGACCGACUCACAUCUGCCUGAGCCUCCUUCCCCCUCAGCCACAGCCACUGCUGCUCCCACAGUGAGUCCCACUCCUCCUCCCUCUGCUCCUGCCCCAAGCAUCACUCCAAAAGAGAAGAGCCCGAGUGUGGAGGAGAAGCCCAAGCCUAGCAGUAGUCCCUCAGCCCCCAGCCCAAGCCUGCCGGAGCUGAAGGUGGAACAGCCUGCUGGGGAGAGACUUGGGGAGAGGAGACGAUCAAGCCAGAGCCGCCGCGGCUCCGAAAGACAUGCCACGCCCCCUGCUUUGUUCCAGGGCCUGACCAGAGAGAAAGCGAUGGAGCUGUUGUACUGGCGAGACCUGAAGCAGACGGGAUUGGUGUUUGGCGGUGUGUUGUUGUUGCUCUUCUCUCUGACACAGUUCAGUGUGGUCAGUGUAGUAGCCUACCUGGCCCUAGCUGCCCUCUCCGCCACCAUCAGCUUCAGAGUCUACAAGUCUGUGCUUCAGGCCGUGCAGAAGACUGAUGAGGGACACCCCUUUAAGUCAUAUCUGGAGAUGGAGAUUUCAUUGUCCCACGAUCAGAUGCAGAGGUAUGCAGAGAACACCCAGCACUACAUUAACAGCACUCUGAAGGAGCUGCGCCGACUGUUUCUUGUGCAGGACCUGGUGGAUUCACUAAAGUUUGCAGUGCUCAUGUGGCUGUUGACCUAUGUAGGAGCACUCUUCAAUGGCCUCACUCUGCUCAUCAUGGCUGUGGUGUCCAUGUUUUCCAUGCCUGUGGUCUAUGAGAAAUACCAGGCACAGAUUGACCAGUAUCUGGGCCUAAUAAGAACUCAAGUAAACUCAGUAGUGGGAAAGAUCCAGGAAAAGAUUCCCGGGGCCAAGCGAAAGGCUGAGUAAAGUCCAAAGGGCAGCUGGAGAAUGCUAGGAGGCCCUGACCAGCCCUUGCUUUAUUACAGGGAGAGCUUACUGUUGGUCUGAGGGUUCCCCAGCACACACACACACACACACACACACACACACACACACACACACACACAUAUAUAUAUAUAUAUAUAUAUAUAUAUAUAUAUAUAUACACAUUCAAAUGUACAAGUUACUGGAGCAUAGUUCUACUUUGUGCACACUGUGGUGUCUAGAGCAACAGCCAAGCCGUUCAGAAGAAGUCCCACCCUUGCCCAGUAUCCAUAGAGGAAAAAAAAAAAGCAAAACGCAUUGCAUUGUCACUCAAGCACUAAGCUCUAGUGAGAAAAACAAUCAAUGAAAUAUAGGAACAAGUUGAAACAAAAAAAAACAAAAAAGACAAAAAAUGUGUUUUUUUGUGUUGCUUAUUAAGUGCAUGAAGUCAAGAGUCUUAAGUGCUGAUGCAUUUCUUCUUUUCCUCUGGUUUUCUUUGUUCUUGGCUUUCUCGGCUAUGCUGAAGACAUUUCUCUGUAGUGUGUGAAGGAUCUCUUCAGCUUUAGUGCUCUCCUGUGAUAGUCUCUUCUUCUUCAAGAAAAGUCAAAAAAGCAGCUUUUUUGUCUCUGGGGCUUCGGGUGGGGUUUCUCUUCUCUUAAUAUACCUACAUAUUACUUAAAUAACAGCUAGAUGCGUGGACCUGCUGAGGUUUACCUUCUUUGUGUGGCAAAUAUUUAGCAAUGUUCUGAAUAGGUAUGAUAAACUAACUUGUAGUGUGUUUCUUUUUUUUUUUACACACACACACACACGCAUAUAUAUAUAUAUAUAUAUAUAUAUAUAUAUAUAUAUAUAUAUAUAUAUAUAUACACAUACAUAUAUAUAACUCGUUACAGUAACUUCCAAGACUCAUGGUUUUAGGUACUGUUGUCAGUCUUCUUUUAAGUAAAAUGCACAUGAACAAGAGAGACGGAGGAGGAGGAAGCGUAAAGCGAAUGAAUGCCAGCUUGGUGAUUCUGUCCAUCUUUGUACUAUGUUGAGUGUAGUUCUUCUUAGCCAUGGACUCUUAACUAUUUGCACUUAAAAUGUACUCGUAUACUGAAUGCGGAAAUAAAUGUUCUUAAAUGUA